AUGAGGGUUUGGCGCCACUGGUUUGACCAAAUGACACCCUUAAUAUCGCAAAAUGGAAUUAAAUAUUAUGCACAACGGCAUUUAUGGUCCAGAAGAACAUUAACUGAACCAGACAUUGUAAUAGCAAGUCCUUCCGCUGACAAUACAAUUACUGCAGCGGGAAUCAAAGCAAAAAAUACCGGAAUACUAACAUUAUUUAAUAGAGAUUCAUGCUUGUGUAUAAAACUCAGGAUCCCAGGUAAAUCACUGGAUACUGAAAAUGCGCCUUAUAAAUCCGGCGGUGUAAUAUUUUCUAGCAUGAAAAGGGUAGCUGACGGAUCGAGAAAGUAUGACCAGGACUCCAAAAUUUCAGUGUUUGUGCCUGUUGAACGACUUGGACCCUUGUUGGACAUUUCAAAUUUUAGUGAGAUCGGAGAUUCAGGGAUUUCACUCGAUGGCGUUGAGGGGUCGGAAAUUUACAUAUUUUCCUCCGAAGAAAAUCCAGGAGGGGCGAUAAUUAGGCUAACUCAAAUAAAGCAGGUUGAUGUAAUUCAGCCUGCGAUUAGGAAGAACAAAAGCACUGGAGAGGAUGUUACUAUAACGAAGGUUAAGAAGAAAAGGGAACCCAUGGACUUGACUUUCUAUUGUAAACAUGGUGAUAUUGCGCUUAUUUUAUCAGGGAUUAGAGGGGUAAUCCCACAUUUACUAGGUUGGGUUUCUUAA